AUCAUCCUAUCCUUCCUGUCGAAUCAAUGACAUUGAAGGCUUCACAUGAAGACUACGGAAUACAUCAAGUGAUCAUAAAUCUGCGAGUAGAUUGAUCAUCACAUGGAAUGAAUCAUUCAUCCACUGCUUUUGUGGAGUCUUCAGUCUGCAUUCGUCAUUCUUCAUUCUUCACCACCUGCCCUUCGAGCGCUGUUCUACGUGAUAUGAUCCUUCGGAAGUGAGAAUGUAUCCGGAUGAUCGAGGCCAAGCCUAUGCCCGCAGUGCGGCCCCGAGUCUGAUCUCUCGCUUGGCCGCCGGGGGCCAAAGCUCCUCGUCGAUCUCCACCCAAUCGGGCACACUGUCCAGCACGAGUGAUUUGAAUCGAAGCGGGGCAAGUGCACUCUCAUCCACCGGGGAUGUCAAGCCUCGUGCCCAAAAAUACCGGAAACUCGGCCGAAUUUGGAAAUGGAUCAAGUAUGGCAGGCGGAAGGGCAUCCUUGACGUGGGUCCUUGCCAUCCCAAUUACACGUUUAUUGCAGCUAUUCGGCAUUGCUUUCAAACGAAGCUGGUGUCGGAUUUGCCUCGACACCAUCUGAAGCAAAAGGAUUACGCAGAGGUGGCCGUCUUCCACUCGAUCUUGUCCCGAGCGGAGGAGGAAGUGCCUCUGGCCAGCCGACGACCCUCUCUGCGAUCCCGGAGCCGGGUUGGGGAUUCGAGCGUGAUUUCUCUCGAGCCCGCACGGAAGGCAAAACUUCAGAAAAAACUCGAUCAUGUUGAGGUCUCGUUCAAAGUCUUUGCUCCGGUGGUCUUUGCAUCGCUUCGGGCUGCUUUGGGAAUACGGCAUGAAGACUUCCUAGAGUCUAUCUCGCCGCCCGAGGAAUAUUUCCGAUACCUCCAACAUGUCACGAAUUCCAAAUCAAAAUAUUGCUUCUUCCUCACCUACGAUAGAAGAUUCGUCCUGAAGAUCGAGACGCUCAAAGGCAUUCAAGGCUUUCUCAACCAUUUGGAAGAUUACAUUGACCACUUCAUCUCAUCGCCUCAUUCUCUGCUUGUCAAAAUCCUUGGAGUUUACGGAAUCAAAAUCAAACGGAACUCGUGGGCAAGUCCCUCUCUCUACCUUCUAUAAUUCACAUCAGGUUCUGAAUCUUAUAUGAGUGGGUUCCUCUUUCAACUAAAACUUAGGUCCAUUUCAUCGUGAUGCAAUCCAUCUUUUGGCCCUCGAUUCGAAUUGGCGAAAAAUACGACAUCAAGGGCUGUCUUUUGGGUCGAUAUGAGCCCAACAUUUCGGCGGAUGACGACGUAGUGCAAAAGGACGGCAAUUUUCAUGGAACACCCCUGAACUUUGGCCAAUACCAAUCGUGGCUCCUGGAGCAGAUCAACCGAGAUGUGGAAUUCCUCCGCUCACAUGGCAUUGUGGACUACUCGCUUUUGGUUGGGAUCCAACGUUCCUUGAACUGGAAAAGCUUCCACUUGCAAAGGCUUAGUGUGGCCGAAGUCGUCACUAGUUUCAAACGGAGCUCGAUUGGUUUUGCCAACGAUGCAGCCCAUGAAAUCCGAUCUGCUAGUGCCAGAAAGCGGAAGCAGACCAUUCAAAAUGGGCGCACACUUGCGGCGGAUUCUUCGCACACGGUUGAGGAGUCCGGUUCCAAAACCUCUCCACCCAGACCAGCGUCCAAAGUGAGUGCUCCAUUGGAGCGACGUCACUCUACCUCUUCAUUCCUCAGUGAGCUCAUCAAUGAUACCAAAGAAACUGAUUUUGUGACGGCGAAUAGACUUACCGCCACGGCGGCGACAGCCCCGCAACAAAUCAUUUUGAAGCCGUUAAAGCCCAAGAAGGUCAAGCAUAUGAAAGUUCGCCAGGUGACCUUCUCGCGCUCCGUGAGCGAAAGCCGUUACACGCCACCCGCCUCCACAAGUCCGACACCCAGUUUGCACUUCCAAAUCCACUCACAAGCCUCACCCUCCCCAUUAAGCAGCCCCAGUCAUCGGACUGCCGAAAUAAGCACGAAAAAACCCUCCGAAGAAUCGGGAAAUACAUCAUUCCAUUCUCCAGGGAUUUCUCCGCUGGUGGAGCAAAUCAACCAGCAGUUGUCAUUCUCGCCGGAUCCUAAGACGGACGACUGGGAGGCCAACCCGGAUUUGAUUGAGUACGCGCCCAGAACGGUCGACGGUCAAACCGCGGACGAAUCCAUCAUUUAUGAUUGGCACAAACUGGAUGACUUUAUGGCCAUUGAACACCGUCGCCUCCUCCCUGACACGCCUAAUGCCGUUCAUAUUUUGGACGGGCCCGGAAACCGAUAUUAUUUGGGCAUCGUGGACAUUUUUACACCCUACGGAUUUCGCCAAAGACUCGGUGGUUUGGGCAAGACAUUAUUACUCUGUGGGUCAAACCACUCAUCAGCAGGCCCGGAUAAAUAUGCGAAAAGGUUGCUGAAUUUUCUCGAGGAUCAUCUCUGCUGA